AUGCGACGAUUUUUACAACCAAUCCUGCGUAUCAAAGGUAUUGCAGAUCUGAUGGGGCGAUGGUUUAAACCCAUAGAACCAAUAAAGUUGAUAGCUCCGCCGCCACCACCUAGCACUCUACCAAUGUUGAAAGAAGAAGAAAGGAAAAAACCUGAAUUUAAAACAUACCAAAUGCUUCAUCUUCCACAAUUUAAAAACUUUUUGCUACGUGAAAUAGCUCUCACGCAUCCUCGACGGGAAAAUCCAGUCUUUUUUAUAUAUCACGAUGACCCAGAGUUAUUACCAUUCAUUCAAAAUGGACUCAGUUUCAAGAAAUUGGCAUUUCUGGGUGAUGGUAUUCUCAACGUAGAAGUUUCGCGAGCACUUCUUAUACGUCACCCUCAUCUCAGUACUGGCGAUAUCACUAUCAUGCGACAAAGUCUCGUAUCGAGGGACGCCUUGGGUGUUUUUGCCGAAAUCUAUGGAAUACCUCGGUUAUUGAUUGCUCCCCAAAUAAAGGAAUUUUCGAAUAGCAUAUAUGCUGAAGCGAUGGAAUCUGUUAUCGCAGCAUUGGACAUUGAUUCGGGACGAAAAGGAGUUAGGAAAAUAGUUGAAGAAAUGAUUGACUAUUCAGAAUAUAUCGAGUUUGGGAGGGUUAUAAUACAGGCGUUGAAGUGGUUACCAUUGGAAAAAAUGGCAGAUACAGAUUGGCUUAAAAGUGAAACAGAGAAAGGUGAGGAGAAAGGUGAGGAGGAAAAGGGUGACGAGAAAGGAGAAGAGAAAAUUGAUGAGAAAGGAGAUGGGAAACUUGAUGAGAAAGGAGAUGGGAAAAUUGAAGAGAAGGGUGACGAGAAGGGUGAUGAAAAAAGUGACGGGAAAGGUGACGAUAGCUUGAACUAUUACUAUAGUAGUUUACAUUAUAACGUUCUUAUUUGCAUGUUUAAUAUACAGAUGCUACGGAGUAGCAGAAAAAUUGCUAUUGCCGUUAAGAAUUAUUCGCAAGAUACUCUUGAAAAACCUCGAGUAUGGUAUAUCAAUGGGACAUCCAAAUUUGGACUACCCUUUGAUUCAGUAGUCAGUGGUAAAGGUUUGGCUUGGGGUGCCCGUAAGACCGAAUACUCGACUGCAGGAACAGCGGGAGUUAUUACUUAUAAAAUCAGAGGACGCAACCUAUCUUUAGCCGUAAUGUGGAGUGUCCCAUUCUGGUAUGUCGGGUAUGCAAAUCGCUGGAACGUUAAAGUCUAUGAAGGUACAAAGAAGCCUCAAGAUUUGUUUUACGAAAUGUACAAUGAUGGUUCCCAUCGAGGGAAUAGUAACCAUUACGAGGAAAAGCUAUUUGGAAAUUACAGUUACAGAGGAACUAUGGGAGACGCUGGACAGGCUAUUCUCACUGUAGAUUUUAAAGGUGACGAAUCCUACAACAGCAAACAUGGAUAA